AUGGCGGGCGCGGCGCUGGCGCGGGCCGCGCAGCUCUGGUCGCUGCUGGACGAGAUGGCGGAGAAUGAGCCCCAGGCCUACCGCCGGCUCCUGCGGCAGCAGCGCGCCGAGGCCGAGCGGUUCUGCGCCCCGCCGGAGCCUCACCUGUGCCUGCGGGCCCGUCCCGCGGUGGGUGCGCGGGGUUUGGGGCUCGGCCUCCCGCCCGGGCGCUGGGAGCGGGGCCUUGUCCGGGGGCCGCUGUUCAUCAACGUCUGCAGCUGGAAAAACGUCCCGCCGCCCAAGGCCCCCACUGAUCCCGCACCUGUCAGUGCGGGGCCGCUAGAAGAAGUAUCGGGCGAAGGAGAGCUUUACAGCAUUAUAGAUAUUGCAUAUAACCCAGAUGUUCUUCAGAGGGGAGAAGAAAACCCAGAAAAAAUGGAGCACUUGAUCCAUUUGACGCUUAAAUUUGUUGAGGAACGAUGCAACCUUAUUCUUUCUUAUUUGUACACCAUUGAAUCAUUCAAACUGAAAGGCAGCCUGGAAAUGAUGCAGCAACGUCUGAAAGGCAGGCAGAUGACAACUCCGCAUCUCAGUCAGAUCGCAAAGAAGGAACUGACACUUGAUCAGCUGCUACACACUAUGGAAGCUGAGGACUGCAGCAAUGCUCCUGUGCUGCUGAAGGAAGAAAGUGUGACACAGUCUAAAGCGCAUUUGAUAGAGGAAAUUACCAGUACUGAAAUGCCAGAGAAGCCAAGUACCCCUGUCUAUGAAAUGAUCACCGUGAAGGAUGCAAACAAGAAACCACUCAAAAUUGAACUCAGAAUUGAAUUGCCUAAGGUUAGCUCUGUUUCUGAGUGUGAUCUGAAAAUUUCAAAGGAUGACCUAAUCAUUGAAGUCCCUGAAAAAUACAAAUUACAACUAGAUCUGCCAGAAUUGGUGGAUGAAGAAACAACUACAGCAGUAUUUAACAAAGGAAAACGGGUAUUGUUUAUCACAGUGCCAGUUGCCAAGCCAGAUCCUUAAAGACUGCAUUAUGUCCAGUUCAUGUUCACAGAUGACAGAACAAAAGCCCAGAAUGAGAAUCCUAACUUUUAGAUGUUGAUGAGGUUUUUUUGGUUUAUUGACGUUUUACUCUUCAGGGGUGAAUACCUCAAAUGCCUUUAGAAGAUGCAUGUAGAAAAGGAAGUCUGGAGGAAUACUAGAACCACCAAACUUAGGAAAAAAAUAAGUAAAGAUUGUAAAUAUUCAAGGAGUACUUGAAUAUGUCAACAGCUGUAGUAAAGAAUCAUGAAUGCAUACACGCUUUACUACGUCAUUCAUUUUGCAUUAAGGUACAGCAAUAACAGUUGUGAAGUCUUUUUGCUAAAUAAAUUGAU